AUGGCUUCAGCGACUUCAGCAUUACGAAAGAAAUUAGAACAAUUUGAAAAUUUAAAUUCGCAAAAUAGUCGACCUCUUCCUCCUUUACCAAAUAAAAUUCCGAAAUCAAUAAGAAAUUCCAACCAAAAUAAAAUAAAUGAUGAUAAAGAUGAGAAAAAUGAUAAAGUUGAACCUGCUUUUAAAAAAGUAAAUAAAGUUGCAGCCAUUCGACUUAAAGCAUUUGAAAAUGAAAAAAAUGCUGUUAAUGAAUCAACAAUAUCAUCAUCUAAAAUCAAACCUAUGAAACGAACAGUAAAUAAAACAAUUGAUACAUCAUUAACUUCAUUAAAUUCUAAUAAUGAAAGUCAAUCACCGAUAAAGUCACCAGUUAGUAUUGAAUCAGAACUUCUUAAAUAUAAAGGUCAUCAUCGAGAUGAUAGUCUUUCGAAAAGUACAUCAGAUUAUAGUCAAUUACGUUCAUCAGAUAAUGAACAUAGUAUUGCCAGUACUGGUAUGACAACACCAAUUGAAGCAAGUUCUAUGGAGCAUAAAGAAGAGUUGGAGAUAUUAAAGAAAGAAUAUGAAACAAUGAGAGAAAGACAGAAUCAAGAAAAUGAUACAAAGAUACAACAAUUAAAGAAUGAAUUAGAAAGGUUAAAAAAUGAACAUAAAAUGGAAAUGGAAAAUGUAAGAAAAGAAUUAAGAGAACAAGAAAUAAAAAAUGAAGAACGAUUAAGAAAUCAACAAGAGGAACAAAUUAAUAAAAUAUUUAAUGAUAGUGAUAUUGAAAAGGAUAAAUUGAUGAAAGAACUUAAAUCAAUAAAAAUUUUAAAAGAACAAGCUGAAAAUAGUUUAAUGGAAACUAAACAAUAUUCAAAUCAAGAAAAAAUACUUAUUAAUCAAGAACAUGAACGAGAACUCGAAAGGCUUAAAGAUGAAUACACUAAAAAAAUGGAUAGUAUUCUUAACGAUCCUAAAAGUGUUAUAAUAGAAAUGCGACAUCAACAAAAAGAAUCGGAGAAAAAAUUACGAAAACAAAUUGAAGAAUACGAAGUUGCUAUGCAAGCUUGGUAUCAAUAUCAACUUGAUGCAGAAUCAAGAAUUAAAGAAUCAGAAACACAUUUAUCAAAUAUAAUAAUCGAAAAAGAGGAACUUGAUAAUAAAAAAGAAGAACUUGAAACAAAGCUUGAUCAAUCUCAACAAGAAAUAACCAAUCUUAAACGACAAAAUGGAGUCACAGUCAAACUUAUAUCACAAUUUCAACAAGAAACGGAAAAGGUUAUUAAAGAUCUUAAACAACAAUUGGAUGCUAAAGAUCAACAAUUAAAAUCUAAAGAUAAAAUGGAAGGAAAUUCCGAAUUGAUUAUAAAAAAUCUCCAAGAAGAAUUGAAUAAAGCUAAUGAAGAGUUAUCAAGUACAGAAAUAAAAUAUAAAGAAACUAAAGAAUGUUGUGAAGAUUUAAAUAAUCAAGUUAAUAAAUUAGAAAGACAAAUCAAUCAAUCAAAACGUCAACUUGAUCAAGCAAAAGAUGAAUAUGAAGAAACUAUUCAUGAUUUAAAUGAAUUAACAAAAGUUAAAGAAGAAACACGACAGUUUAAAAAACAAAUUGUGACAUUAAAGAGAGAUGUAGAAGAACUUGGAAAUGACCAGGAUAAACUUUUAAGUAUUAAAGAAGAGAGAGAUGAAAGUGAAAUAAGAUAUAAAGAACUUCAAGAUAAGUAUCAAGAAUUGGAAAGACAGAGAGAUAUAUCGAACAAUGAACUUUCUAAUAGAGAGAGUCAAAUUAAUGAGACAAAGGAUAGCAUAUCGAGCAUGGAAAAACGGUUGGAUGAACAAUCAUUUGGUAUAGAAAAACUUAUGAAAGAAUUAGCAGCAGAAAAAGAGACAUCGAAACAAAAAGAGGCGGACCUUAUUUCCAAUUAUGAAUACAAGUUAAUGGAGAAAGAUACAGAAAUUGAGGAACUUCGAGAAGAUUUGGAGAGCUUGGAACAAGAAACUAAAGAUUUGAGAAAAUUAUGGGAAGAGGAAAAAAGAAGUAAAGAAAAAAUAGAAAUAAAAUUACGAGAAACUGAACUUGAAACACAUGAAAUAAAUACGCAACUAAGUGAUCUCCAAUGCAAGCUUGCUAAUGCUAUGAAUGAUAAUGAAAUGCUACAAAGGAAAACAGCAGAACUCAAGAAAUUAGCAGAAAGACAAGAACAACAAGAUGAUCAAGAUAAUCAAGAUGGUGAAGCAAUGGAAACAACGGAAGAAGAGAAGGAGCUAAUUGAUAAAGAAGCAGAAAUAAGAGAGCUUAGAAAGAAAUUAACAGAUGAACGUGAAGAAAGAAAAGAAAUUAAUAAUCUUUCAGCGAUGAUACAAACGCGUAUAGAAUCAUUGGAAAAGAAACAACGUGCACGAUUAAGUGAUCGUGGAGAAGCAAAGAAAAUAGCAGCUUUAGAGAGACAAAUAAUAGAAUUGGAUAAGCUACUUAAAGCAACAGAAGCAGAACGUGAAAAAUUACAAAAUGAAAAAAAUGAAUUGGAUAAUCGGUUCCAAGAA